CUUUAUCUCUUCACAAAGAACUCAACAUUAUUGCGUAAUGAAAUAGCGGAGCUGAUUAAACUACCAAGCAAUGAUAUAAAGGAAAUUUUACGUGGGGUGGCUCGUUACCGAGCAUCUCGUGCUAUUUGGGAAUUUUUACUUCCAACAGACAAAACAUUCUUAAAAAAGUACCCUGAUGUUGUUCAGAGACAGCAGAUGAUUUGGCAGUCAAGAAAUGAACAGUUGUCGCAUGUUUUCAAAGAGAAGCAAAUCAAACAAGAGGAUGGUGGAAAAGCCUCUAGUUCCUCCACUUCCCUGAAGAAGGCUCGAGGGUCUAGAGGCAAGACGGACACUUCUGACGAUCAAUCUGAUUCUCAGAGCAAGCCAGCUAAACUCCGAAAAUGACUAAGUGUUUCAGGCCAAUGUUAGGUGUAAAAUUCAUAGGGCAAUCCAUACUUUUUUUAUUUAUAUAUAUGUAUAAAGGAAACUUCUUUAGUAAAGUUAUGCUACAGAAUAUGAAAAAAAUCUAUAUUAAGAUUAAAUAUAUUCAUUGGAUUUUUCCUCCAACAUAACAAGGAAUGUUAAUGUACCAAGGUAAAACAUCAUAAACAGAAUAAAGUCUUAAUUUCCAA